AUGGACAUCCCCCUGAGGCCCUUGACGCGCGUCCCCAGCUUCGGCCAGUCUCUGGCACAGGCUCCGCGCAGGGUUUGGCGCCGGCCGAGCCGCGUGAUUCCGCUGGCGCCGGACGCCUCCUCCGCCUUUGGGCUGGAGCAGCAGCUCUUCAAUCUUGCGUCCCAAGCCAAUGAGAUGGUCACAACAGGUCUCACCUCCAACACGAGCCUCCUCGCACCGCUGCUGUUUAUUGGAGGUGUGGCUUCUUCUCUGAACCCCUGCAACAUGGCUUCUCUGCCGGCCGCCGUGACCUCCGUGACGGCGCUCUCCAGGCGGAGCUCCCCCGCGUUUGCGGCGCUGUCAUAUGCUGCAGGCUCCGCCACUGUACUGAUGGCGCUGGGUAUGGCCGUGUCAGUGGCUGGGGAGCGGCUACCGUUGGGGGAAGGCCUCCUACCUUGGGUCUUCCCCACGGUGGCGGUGCUGAUGGGGCUCAGCCUGCUGGAGGUGGUGCCUUUGCGCCUCUCCGGGAUUCCAGGGCUGGGCAAGGCCAUCGAGGCCCCGCGGGAGUUGCAGGGAUUCCUCCUGGGCGCUGCAAGUGCUGCAGGCUCUUCGCCCUGUGCGACGCCAGUGUUGGUCACCAUCACUUCCUACAUUGCUUCGCACUCCGUGAGCGUGACGAGCUCUGCGCUGCUCCUGUUCGCCUACUCCAUGGGUUACAGCACUCCGCUGGCUUUGGUCAGCAUGACCACCGGCCUGCUGCCCAUGUUCCAGGAGGGAGGCCAAUGGGGGAAGCAAGUCAGCGGUGCCGCAAUACUCCUCGUUGGCGCUUGGCAGCUGCUGACCGCGGUGCACGACACCUUGGGCCUGGAAGCAGAAGCGGCCGUGUACGUGCUCCUUGCGGCGGCGGCCUUGGCUUGGAAGCCGGCGGCUUCGCGGGCGCCGCGGGCGGCCUCGUUGGCGCCCCGGGUGAUGGCGCUGGGCCAGGCUGUCUAUGAGUAUCAGCCGCUGCCAGCUGGCGAGGCACAGGCGGAAGCGCCAUCAAGCCCGGGUGAGCCAGAUGGGCGGCGUCUUGCGGUCACGUCCCUGCUGGGUGCGGCAGCUGUGGCGGGGCUGUCGCAAUUCCCCGGAGAGACUGAAGACGCCGCCACGAUGAUUGUAGAGGCCGCGGCAGAGUCCAGGCCACUGCAAGUGGCACUGCAGUCUGGUAAGCCCGUCCUGGUGGACUUCUCCGCGACCUGGUGUGUGGACUGCCUUCAGUCUGCGGGAAUCCUUCGAGACCUGAAGCGGGAGUUCGGGGGCCGAGUGGAGUUUGUCACCCUGGAUGUGUCCAAUUGGCGAGCCAACACCGGAGACGACGACUUGGAUUGGUGGACCCGCGAGUUUCGAGUGGACGGGAUUCCGCACAUCGCCUUUGUGCUGCCAGACAGGCGGGUCAUCACGGCGCUGAUUGGCGACCUCCCGGAUUCUGUCCUCAGGGCCAAUGUGGAGGCCUUGUCGGAGCUCGGAGCUUCCAGCGCGUUGCCUGCGUUGCCCUUUGUGAUGUUUGACGCCUUCGACGAGGGCCGGCGCCGUGUGCAGUUGAGAGAGAUCUACUCCAGCCGAGCGGAUGGCGACCAUGCAGCGAUCACUGCCCAUGUGGCCACAAUCCAAAAAGAGCUCGGCGUGGAAGGGUCCGUGUCCUCGGAAUUCGUGAAGCGCUUCUGCCAGAACGCGCUCUACUGUGAGGUGUUCCGCUUCCGAUCUCUGGAGGAGGAGUGCCGGCCGGAGGAAGGCGGCCUCGACCUGGAGAGUGAGCUCCAGGACGAGGACUCGCUGGCGGCAUGGUACGUCACUCUCCGCGCUGCGGACAAGUUUCGUGAGGAGAAUGGCCACUGGCCGGGUGCUUUGUGCGGUGAUGGGGAGAAGGACAUGGCGCUGGACGUGGCGACUCUUUCAGGCCUUGCGGCGAAAGUGCUGAUGAGCUACAAGGUGACCACGGCUGACCAGAAGACGGUUGAGGAGGUGGUCCGCUAUGGCGGCUGCGAGCUGCACACCACCUCCUCUGUGCUCGGUGGCAUCGCCUCGCAGGAGGUGGUGAAGCUGGUCACCAAGCAAUACUCCCCGCUUUGCAACACGCUGAUCCUCGACGGUUUGCAGGGCAAGAUGCAGGCUGACUCCAUCAGAGAUGACAGCGCGACUGUUCAGGACCGCUUGCAAAGAGUGAACGACAUGUGCAACAAAGUGUUUGAGGAGACUUGA